AUGGGAACGAAGUCAGAUUCCAAAAUGUUUGCUACGGCCCCAGAGACCAAGAAUGUAAAGCGGGAGCACACGGAAGUAGACAAAGAGGUCUCUGAUCCUGCAAGGAAACCGCAUCUUGCCCUCAAAACAGGGCCAAUGGAAACACCGGAAGGGUCAUCUGGAUCCCGCAGCUGGGCCACGGUCGUGGCCAAUACACUUUGGCACAAGCNNAGCCAGCCGUGGUGA